AUGGGGUUAUUAAGUUUGGUCUUCCUUUUAGUCCUAUACCUGCUGCAGGGAUCUAAUACUUCCCUUGUUCAGCUGAAUAACAAUGGGUAUGAAGGCAUUAUCUUUGCUAUAGACCCUCGAGUGCCAGAAGAUGGAAAAAUAAUUGAACAGAUAAAGGACAUGGUGACUACAGCUUCUACUUACCUGUUUGAAGCCACAGAAAAAAGUUUUUUUUUCAAAAAUGUAUUAAUACUAAUUCCUAACAACUGGAAGGAAAACUCACAAUACAAGAGGCCAAAACAUGGAAGCUACAAACAUGCUGAUGUAUUAAUUGCACCACCUACCCUCCCUGGUAGAGAUGAACCAUAUACCAGGCAGUUCAUAGUCUGUGAAGAAAAAGGAGAAUACAUUCAUUUCACCCCUGACUUUGUACUUGGAAAAAAACAAAAGGAAUAUGGACCAUCAGAUAGACUGUUUGUCCAUGAGUGGGCCCAUCUCCACUGGGGAGUGUUUGAUGAGUACAAUGAAGAUGAGCCUUUCUACAGUGCUAAGUCAAAAAGAGUUGAAGCAACAAGAUGUUCCACAGGUAUUACUGGUAUAAAUAGAGUUUAUAAGUGUCAAGGAAACAGUUGUAUAAUUAGAGGAUGCAGAAUUGAUUCUCAGACAAAACUGUAUGAAAAAGACCGUCAAUUCUUCCCUGAUAAAGAUCAAACUGGAAAGGCAUCCAUAAUGUUUAUGCAAGGUAUUAAUUCUGUUGUUGAAUUCUGUAAUAAAGAAAACCAUAACAGAGAAGCUCCAAGCCUACAAAACAAAAUGUGCAAUUCCAGAAGUACAUGGGAGGUGAUCAGCAAUUCUGAGGAUUUUAAAAAUACAACAUCUUUGGUGGCACCAUCCCCUCCACCUGUCUUCUCAUUGCUGAAGAUCAGAGAAAGAAUUGUGUGCUUAGUACUUGAUAAGUCUGGAAGCAUGAGUGGUUUUAAUCGCCUAAAUCGAAUUAAUCAAGCAGCAAAACAUUUCCUGCUGCAGACCAUUGAAAAUGGAUCCUGGGUGGGGAUGGUGCACUUUGAUAGUACUGCCAACAUUAAAAGUAAUCUAAUCCAAAUAAUAAGCAGCAAGGAAAGAAACAACUUCUUGGAGAGCUUACCUACAGCAGCUAAUGGAGCAACUUCUAUCUGUCCUGGAAUUAGAUCAGCAUUUCAGGUAAUUAGAGAAGUAUACCCUCAAAUAGAUGGAUCUGAAAUUGUCCUGCUGACCGAUGGGGAGGAUAACUCUGCAAAGAAUUGCAUUGAUGAAGUGAAACAAAGUGGGGCUAUCAUUCAUUUGAUUGCUUUGGGACCAUCUGCUGAUCAAGCCGUCAUAGAGAUGAGUGCUAUAACAGGAGGAAACCAUUUUUUUUCUUCUGAUGAAGCCCAGAAUAAUGGCCUCAUUGAUGCUUUAGGGGCCCCUGCAUCAGGAAACACUGAUCUUUCCCAACAGCCUCUUCAGCUUGAAAGUAAGGGGUUAACACUCAACAAUAAUCCCUGGAUGAAUGGCACUGUAAUAAUUGAUAGCACUGUGGGAAAGGACACAUUCUUUCUUGUCACAUGGAGUGGACAGGCUCCUGUUAUCUCUCUCUGGGAUCCCAAUGGAGCACCGAUGAAAAAUUUCACAAUGGAUGCAGUUUCCCAAAUGGCCUAUCUCAAUAUUCCAGGAACAGCAAAGGUGGGUCUUUGGACUUACAGUCUUCAAGCCAAAGCAUACCCAGAAACAUUAACUAUCACAGUAAAUUCUCAGGCAGCCAAUUCUUCUGUGCCUCCAAUCACAGUGAAUGCUAAAAUGAAUAAAGACACAAACAGUUUUCCCAGCCCAAUGAUUGUUUAUGCAGAAGUUCUACAAGGGUAUGUACUUCUUGGAGCCAAUGUGACUGCUUUCAUUGAAUCAAAUAAUGGAAAAAUGGAAGUUUUGGAACUUUUGGAUAAUGGUGCAGGUGUCGAUUCUUUCAAGAAUGAUGGGGUGUACUCCAGAUAUUUUAUAGCUUAUUCAGAAAAUGGCAGCUAUAGCUUAAAAGUACGGGCUCACAACCGGUGCCAGGAGUCUUGUAUGAAGUGCUUCCCAAAGAGCCAUACUCCUCUUAUUAAGAAUCAUGUGGCUGUUAGUGACCAAGUAAUGGUGCUCAAUCUGUAUGUUAUUCUGUUCCUAGCUCUACAUCUCUCUGGAGUGAAAAGCUCAAUGGUAAAUUUGAAUAACAAUAGAUAUGAUGGCAUUGUCAUUGCAAUUAACCCUAGGGUACAAGAAGAUGAGAAACUCAUUCAAAACAUAAAGGAAAUGGUAACUGAAGCUUCAACUUACCUAUUUCAUGCCACCAAACGAAGAGUUUAUUUCAGGAAUGUAAGCAUUUUAAUUCCAAUGACCUGGAAGUCAAAAUCUGAGUACUUGAUGCCAAAACAAGAAUCAUAUGACCAGGCGGAUGUCAUAGUUGCCAAUCCUUACCUAAAAUAUGGAGAUGAUCCCUAUACACUUCAAUAUGGACUUGGGGAAAAAGGACAAUAUAUACAUUUUACUCCAAACUUCUUGUUGACUAAUAAUUUGCCUAUCUAUUGGUCCCGAGGCAGAGUGUUUGUCCAUGAGUGGGCCCACCUCCGAUGGGGAAUGUUUGAUGAGUAUAAUGUGGACUGGCCAUUCUAUAUUUCCAGACAGAACACUAUUGAAGCAACAAGAUGUUCAACUCAUAUUACUGGCAUUAAUGUGGUUUUCAAGGAAUGUCAGGGAAGCAGCUGUAGAACAAGGCCAUGCAGGCGUGACUCACAGACAGGGCUGUAUGAAGCAAAGUGUACAUUUAUCCCAGAAAAAUCCCAGACUGCAAGGGACUCCAUAAUGUUUAUGCAAAGUCUCGAUUCUGUAACUGAAUUUUGUACAGCAAAAACUCAUAAUACAGAAACUCCAAACCUAUAAAACAAAAUGCAUAGUAGCAGAAGCACAUGGGAUAUAGUUAUGGACUCUGAUGAUUUUCAGAAUGCAUCUCCCAUGAAAGGAACAGAUCCACCACCUCAUCCUACAUUUUCAUUGCUGAAGUCCAAAGAGCAAGUAGUCUGUUUGGUACUUGAUAAAUCCGGAAGCAUGAGUUCGGUAAGACAUUUAUUUCAGCAGAACUAGCUUCUAAUUAUUGAAAAGGGAUCUUUGGUUGCAAUGGUCACAUUUGAACAUUUUGCUACAACCCAAAACUACCUAACAGAAAUAACUGGUAAUAAUGCUUAUGAAAAGAUCACUGCAAACCUGCCUCAAGAAGCUGGUGGUGGAACCUCAAUUUGCAGUGGUCUCAGAGCAGGAUUCCAGGCAAUUAUCCACAGUAACCAGAGUACUUCUGGUUCUGAAAUCAUAUUACUAACAGAUGGGGAAGAUGAUCACAUAAGUUCAUGCUUUGAGGAGGUAAAGCAAAGUGCUGCAAUCAUCCACAUCAUUGCUCUGGGACGUUUUGCUUCCAAAAAACUGGAGACCCUGUCAAAUAUGACAGGAGGACAUCGUUUUUAUGCCAAUAAAGACAUAAAUGGUCUUAUUGAUGCUUUCAGUAGAAUUUCAUCUAGAAGUGGCAGCAACACUCAGCAGGGUAUUCAGGUAGAAAGUAAAGCCUUGAGUAUUACAGGAAGAGAAUGGAUAAAUGGGAUAAAUGGUACAGUACCUGUGGAUAGUACAAUUGGAAAUGACACUUUCUUUUUUGUCACAUGGACAAUACAAAAGCCAGAAAUUCUUCUCCAAGAUCCAAAAGGAACAAAAUAUGAACCCUCAGAUUUCAAAAUAGAUAAACUAAAUAUUCGGUCUGCCUGUCUUCGAAUACCAGGUAUUGCAGAGACACUUUGCCUUCUAAAUAAACAUGCCAAUUCUCAGAUGCUAACGGUGACAAUGACUAUGAGCAAAAGUCCUACCACACUCCCAGUAAUUGCAACUGCUCACAUUAGCCAAAGUACAACACAUUACCCUAGCCCAAUGAUUGUUUACACACAAGUCAGUCAAGGGUUUUUGCCUGUUCUGGGAAUCAACAUAACAGCCACUAUAGAAACCGAAGAAGGACAUCAAAUAAUAAUGGAGAUCUGGGACAAUGGUGCAGGUGCUGAUACUGUGAAGAAUGAUGGUGUCUACUCAAGAUAUUUUACAGAAUACCAUGGAAAGGGGCGCCUGACACUAAAAGUAUAUGCCCAGGCGAGAAACAACAUGGCUAGACUAAGUUUAAGACAAAAACAGAACAAAGCUCUGUACAUACCAGGCUAUGCUGAAAAUGGUAAAAUUAUACUGAACCUACCCAGGGCCUGAAGUCAAAGAUACACAACAUGUCAGAAGCUAAAGAUACACAUGUCAGAAGACUUCAGCCAGCUAACCUCUGGAAGGUCAUUUACUGUAUCAGGAGCUCCUCCUGCUGGUAGUCAUACUCAUGUGUUCCCACCUGGCUAAAUCACAGACCUUGAGGUUAAGGUUAAAGAAGAUCACAUUCAACUUUCAUGGACUGCCCCUGGCAAUGUCCUUGAUAAAGGAAAAGCCAACAGCUACAUUAUAAGAAUAAGUUUCCUGGAUCUCCGAGAAGAUUUUGACAAUGCUGCUUUAGUGAACACUACUAGUCUGAUACCUAAGGAGGCUGGCUCAAUAGAAAAUUUUGAAUUUAAACCAGAACCUUUUAAAACAGAAAAUGGCACCAAAUUCUAUAUUGCAAUUCAAGCCAUCCAUGAAGCUAAUUUCACCUCAGAGGUUUCUAACAUUGCACAAGCAACCAAGUUUAUUCCUCCGCAGGAAUCCAGUGUCUCUGCUCUGGGUACCAACAUUUUUACAACCAGUUUGGCAAUUUUGGGAUUAGCUGUGAUUUUAUCUAUAUUUUAA